UCUGACACAACUGUGUUCACUAGCAACAGCAGACACCAUGACGCUCCUAACUCCUGAAGAGAAUGCUCAGGUCACCAGCCUGUGGGCCAACGUGGACGUGGAGAAAGUUGGUGGCGAGGCCUUGGGCAGGUUGCUGGUUGUCUACCCAUGGACCCAGAGGUUCUUCGAGUCCUUUGGGGACCUGUCCUCUCCUUCUGCUAUUAUGGGGAACCCUAAAGUGAAGGCCCAUGGCAAGAAGGUGCUCAGUGCCUUUAGUGAAGGUCUGAAUCACCUGGACAACCUCAAGGGCACCUUUGCUCAACUGAGUGAGCUGCACUGUGACAAGUUGCACGUGGAUCCUCAGAACUUCACGCUCCUGGGCAACGUGCUGGUGAUCGUGCUGGCUGAACACUUUCAUGACGCAUUCAGCCCGCAGGUGCAGGCUGCCUUUCAGAAGGUGGUGACUGGUGUGGCUAAUGCUCUGGCUCACAAAUACCACUGAGCUCUCUUUCCUGCUGCCCAGUUCCUAUUAAAGGUCCUUUGUCCCCAGAGUCCAACUACAACACAUAGGGAAAUUAUAAAGGGCCUUGACCAUCCGGCUUCUGCCUAAUAAAGAACAAUUAUUUUCACUGCAA